AAUAUACAUAACAAUAAUAUUCUUCGCAAUGCCACCAACAGAAGAUGAAGAAACUGCAAUGGACACAUCUGAGGAUACUGAAAAAUUUGUGAGGCCAAUAUGCCUACGUAAAGACUGCUCUGAGCGUUUUCGAAGAAGAAAUUUGCCUUGCGAAAAACAGUAUGCCAACAUGUACUUUGUAAGAAGUAACCUCAUGAAGAAGAGACUCGAGAUUGCGGCUGAAGCUAAGUGGGGUGACGAGUAUCCCGUACGGCAAUUAGCAAAAGUUAAACUGAAUGAAAAAUGCUGUGUUAUUGGAAUUUUGUUCAAGCAUAUGGAUUUACAACCAAGUAUUUUGAAAGAGGUAAGUGAGGAGCACAAUUUACAAAUCCAACCUACUCGAGAAAAAUUUGUCUCAGAAAAUGAUAGUUUAAUUCUCGAAGACACUUUGCAAAGAAUAUCGCUCAGUGGAAACAUAGAUCCACAAACAUCAUACACUGGAACAGUCGUGGCAUUAGCAGGAAUCGAAGAUAAAGCAGGACAGUUUCGUGUUGAUGAUUUUACCUUCGCUGGAAUUGGGAAACAAGAACCACCACCAAAGUUAGAUGAAGAUAGGUUUGUUUUACUACUCUCUGGUCUGGGACUUGGAGCUAAGAAUGAAAAACUACUUUCAAUACAAUUAAUGAUUGAUUAUAUUAUUGGUUUACUUGGAGAACCAUCAGAUCAGAAAUCAAGUUCAUCCAUUGUUCAUGUCAUUAUUGCAGGCAAUUCACUCAGUGUUGAGACACAGGAUAAAGACUCUCAAAAACGUGCAAAGUAUUUAACAAUUAAAGAGGAAGCGCAGAGUGUUGCUGCAAUGCAAACAUUGGAUGAUUUUCUUGUACAACUCUUACCUCAGAUCAGUGUGGAUGUCAUGAGCGGUGAAUAUGAUCCGACAAACUUUAUGUUACCACAGCAACCAUUACAUAGUUGCAUGUUUCCAAAAUCAGGAUCUUAUAGAACAAGCACAUUUAAGACUGUCACUAACCCUUAUGAGUGUGAGAUCGAAGGAGUAAAAAUUCUUGGUACAUCAGGACAAAACAUCAAAAACCUUCAGCAAUUUGGAAAUGAAAAUGACUCAAUGAAACUACUGGAACAGACACUAUCCAGUGCACAUCUUGCACCAACUGCACCUGAUUCACUGGGUUGUUUUCCUUAUUAUGAAAACGACCCCUUUAUCAUCCCAGAAGACAAUUUUCCACAUGUUUAUUUCGCAGGGAAUCAAGAGACUUACGGUGCAAAAACCAUCACUGGUAACGAUGGUCAGUCAGUUUUGGCGAUAAGUGUGCCGAGCUUUGAUAAAACUGAGACAGCAGUUUUACUGAAUUUACGUACUUUGACUUGCGAACCAAUAACGUUUGGAGAUUUUUGGGAUUCUUCAGAGCCUGAAAAAUGAUGUGUGGUCAAACAUUUUAUCCCUUAAUGAUGAGCUAUUUCCCAAAUUUAGCGGUCAUUCAAGAUACUCAUUUGUGCAAAGAAUCUCAAUAAAAACACAUUGACUGUUAAUUAAUCAGAAAAAAAUCUGUUGAUGUCAAAGACACAGUAUGGAACAAAAUUUCCUCACAUUAAUAUGAAGUUAGGCUUGUUUCAUUACGACUCUGAAUGCCUCAAACUAGUUUGCAGUAUUUGGUGAAGGUACAUACCUAGAAUGACAGGUUGUGAUGAAAAGUAAUUGUAAACUGAUUGAAUAUUCUCAGAAUUCCAGUCCCAGCUGUUACACACUUCUAUUCACAUUAUAGAAUCUAGAUCAGGUUGUUAUCAAUAUCGUCACUAGUUAACAUUUAUUUAUAAAUAUACCACAUGCUUACUACAUUCACUGCCAAUACAUUUUGAAGACUUAUGA